CCAUCGUCUUCUUUGUGGAUCUUGGUGGUUUGAGAAGCUUCUAGAGCGAACUUGAACACAGCCAACUGUCCUUCAGCGCCGUGCUGAACCUGACUCCAAGUGAAGGACGUGGCCAGAGCCAGGAAGUGCUCAAGACCUUUCUGAAAAGAAACGCCCAAGGGCCCAAGGGAUUUGAUGCUUUGCGAUGCUUUGCAACAAUCUUCUGCACAUGGCACAUGGAUGACCCGGUGAUCUCGGCAGGAUCCGGCCAGCCCGGCGCUUGAUGUCGAGGUGUUGGAUGCACCGAGAUGCAAGAUGCCAAGGGGCCUUGUGGCCACAGCCAUGCAGAUGGCAGCAUCAACUUUCGGCAAACCAGGGCGCUCUUACACUGCAAAGUUGCAGCCCGAUUUUCGUGAUGAUACUGUGAUGAUCUCGGAUGCUGAAUCGGAACCUCCAGCAUCAACUCCAAGACGUUCUGGCCAGGAGUCGUUGUUUGCGAGCCCACUGAUGGAGCAAGCGGAGAGGGCGAGCCCUCUGCCAUUGUCGCCGUUGUCAGAUUCUUGUGGUGAGCACCAGUGGGAAGAGGACUUCACCCUCCAUUUUAGGGAGUACUUUCCACUUCUGAGCCAACAAGAAGAAGCCCUGCUGCGUCAGCCAGCAAGUGAAGAUACCCGUCCCAUCGAGGUCCCGACAUGGUUUGUUUGGCGCUUCUUGGGGUCCCUUGCCGAGCAGCAGGCGCAAGACAAGUUGCGACGGAAGCUGGUGAAUGCCAUGGUGCGUGCUGAUCUGCCCAUGUUGGCAUGCCAGAAGGGCAUCUAUUUGGGUGUCGCCAUUCUGGACGAAUGCCUCAUGAUGCAAAAACCAAAGCUUCGGCCUUUGUUAUUGGCAUCAGUGGCUCUGACCAUCGCCGAGAAGUUCGAGGGCGACAAGGAUUUUGCCCAGCUGAAAGACCUCAAUGAUGCCAUGGGCGAUCACGCGUCCAAUGAAGAACUGGUCAUGGCAGAGCUUGAGAUGUUGAAUGCCAUUGAUUAUAACCUGCAUCGGCCGACUGCAGAGCACCACCGCUACUGGAUUGUGGAGUUUGUGAAUGACCGAGUCGACUUGGGCAAUGAGAAGGGGCGAAUCUUGAAAGCUUCUGAGUAUCUUUGCGAGAUGACGUUGCUUUGCGCAUCAGCAGGUCGAUGGGCGCCCAGUGUGCAGGCGGCCUGUGGAUGUUUGGCGGCCUUCACCAUUCUUCAAAGGGAGUCCUUGAGCGAUGAGAUCUGGAAGUUCCUGGUGACUGAACGCCGUUGGCAGCAGCUGCGCCUUGCCAUCCGUGAGCUGCUCUCGCUCCUGAAGGAGGAUGACAUCAACAAGACGGUCAUCUACCAAAAGUAUGCCACUCUCGAUCAUUCCUACAUUUCGAUCAAGGUGCAUGGGAUGUUGGACAAGCGGGUGAACAUUCAAUUGCACAAGCAGUGGACGCCAUGA